GGUCGCGGCAGCCUGAGGCUAGAUGCUCUUUCCCAACUCACCAUACAACCCAUUGCUGCCUCGGCUUUCAAGUCGCACCUUUGGACCCGGUUGGCCUUUCCUCUGAUACACAUAUUCCGCGAAGUAGAGUUUCUCCUUUGACAGCAAUAUUGACCAUCCCAUUCACAUUUGCAGACCUGGUCGAGCCUACUCACCCUAACGCCAGCCGCCGCAAUGCCUCAGAAGCGCACUAAGAAGGGCCUGGCGGUUCUCAAGAACCAGGGUAGGAUCAAUUUCCAUCGUCAACAGAAACCUCAGACUACAAUCUCGCCCCUCGUCCAGAUUCUCUCUCAAUACCAGCUCAUGAUCAUGGUGACGGAUCAACUCUCUUCGGCGGACAUCGUCCACCUUACCUCCACUUGCAAAGAGAUCAACGCAUAUCUCACUGACGACGAGAACAUCUUCGCAAGAAUCAAGGAGAGUGCUCAUUGUGAUGGCAAAGGCAUCGAAGCCAGAGCAAGGUGCUUUGGUCACUGGCAGGGUGAUGUCACGAAGGCCAUUGUCCAGUGCGAGGCUACCGAGCCCAUGCCUUGCGAAGACUGUAAAGCUAUGGUCUGCAACAGCUGCCGCUACCACAUCGCCUACUUAGACGAUCUCCCCUGCUGCAAGGAUGAUCCAGAUCACUGGGAAAGCCACGAAGCUGAUCUCACCACAACCCUCGAGGCCAUGCGCCAUUGUCACGCCGACCAUUGCGAUGAAUGCCCCAACUUCCACUCUGGUAACUUCCCAAUAGAAGCAAUCCGUGCUGUUCUCCUGGCCGGUGCUUCUCGCGAGCGUCGUUACUGUUCAGUAUGCAAGCCAGGGUUCUGCUACGAUGGAGAGCCUGACUUUAGGAUCCUCUGCGAUAAGGUCCUGGACCGCGAUCUCCAUGGUGACUGGUGUUGCUGCACCCUGAUUGAUCAAUUUAUCGAAGACAGCUGGCUCUGCAUACCGUGCUUCAUCAGGAAAGAGGCCCAGGCAUACAGCCGUCGACUGAAGAGAGAGGUCUACAAGUGGGUCAAGAAGGAUGACGAGUCGACUCGCAAUCUCAUCAAGACUGAGUAUCUCUGUGAUUGUGGUCAGGUCGCCGAUGUUCCAUAUUUGGUCGAUUGUAGGUGGUGUAGAGAGCAAGUCAAGACCUCUGAAGUUACCGACCUGCUCGAAGACAUGGAGGUUUUCUAGGAACUUCAGGAUCUCGAUUGUCGUUGAUUGUGGUUCAUCGAUUCGUUUGCAUGGAACAUGAGAAGGACAGACAUGGCAUAGCG